ACGGCGUGUGCACUGAUCUAGUCUGACACUUCUACGCGAUUACUCUCCCUGCAAGGAAUCGGAAGGGAGGGAGAGAGAUGGGGAGGUACAUGAGGAAGUGUAGAAGGAUAGCGGAAGCUACGGUGAUGGAGGUGACGCAGGUGGUGGGCGUGAAGACCAGGGCUAGGACGCUGGCUCUUGCUGCGGCGGCGACGGUACCGGAAGAUAGUUCUAUUGGGGGAGUGAGUCCGAAGAGAAGGAAGGAAACGGAAGAGGAGGCUGGGGUGGCUAGAUCGGGGUCGGAGGAGCUAGAGAUGGCUUACUUGCAGCUGAGGAAUAGGAGGCUGGUGAUGACGCAGCGACUUUCAAAAUCGGCGCGAAAUUCCGAUGUUAAACGGCCGGGUAGCGUGGAGAGGGGCCGGAUCUCGCGGUGUUCGAGCAUCGCAUCAUGCGACGCGGUGGAGGGAGCACAUCUCCGGUGCACGCUUGCCGGUGGUGAGAAGUCUCGCGGGGAUCUAGGUAGCUCCGUUUGCCACUUCGAGUGUGACCGGAACAGAAAUGAGAUCAUCCCGUCGAGUAAUCAAGUAACAUAUUCCGGCGAGAUAGAGUCAACGGAGGAAAGAGAAUCGCUGCGGCAAUCUACACCUCAAUUAACGAUGCCAUUUGCCGCAGAGAUCGAGGAAUUCUUUACCGCCGCGGAAAAAUUAGAAAAGCAGCUUUUCGCUGACAGGUAUAAUUUCGACUUUGAUAAUGAGGUUCCAUUGGAGGGACGAUACGACUGGGUUCGUGUAAAUCAAUGAAACACAAGUUAACCACACGCGGGGAAGGAGAUCAAAAUCAGACUUGAAUUAGAAAGCAAAAUUAACUCAAUUAUAUAUCUUCGAUGUAAUUUUUUUUCCUUUGUAGACUUUGUUUUUAUCUUAGUGUCAAUUUAAUGUACAGCAGCGAAGCAACCAACGCUUAAUCAACUCGUUUUCUCUGCUCUCUUCAUUUCCCUCAAGACUACCACACCUGCGAUGUCUCCUUCUUCUCUUCUUGCCACUGUGUACGAUAUUGUAUCUGCAGAAGCUUCUGAGUUCAGAACCUCCAUCCUACUGCUAAUAAUGCUCGGCAGUGAUCAGGGAGAGAGAGAAGAGAAGUGUGUGGAACACUAUAACAGAAAUGCCUCGCCCUAAUCCACCCUCUCCCAUUUUCCACUCAUUCUUCCUUCUCCACGCAUCACCUCCGCAGGAUAUCCAUCGAACGGUGGGUAUUCUGCCCGUCACAUUUACAUUUUUACAGAGGUAACGGAGGUUGCAGCGGUGAGCUCACCGCGAAGCGGCGUGGAAGGCGAGGAGGCGGAUUCGCACGUGUAAGGUGAGGACGGUAGCCCCACUUUUUGCAAUUUUUUUUAAUUGUUUUUGUUAGGGGGUGGAAUAUCCCUUUUGCAAUUCGAAUUUAUAAUUUUUAUUGUGUACCUUUAUAUAAAGGGUGAAAAGGGGGGCGGCGGAGCAGAAAGAGCAUAUACUUUUGUGGUCCUUAUGCUCUGCACUUCCCAGUUUUUGCGCGAGUUUCUUUCUCUUAACGUGCUUGGCCGAUCAACUCGCUCUCACUCCCACGCUGUGGCAGCAGGGCGAUUUUUUCAUUCUGCUGGUACAAUAAAUUUUAGGGUUAAUCGCAUAGCAUUGCUAUUUACAAAUUUAGCAUCAGAUGAAUCUUUUUUUUCUUUUUUUGGACUCUCGAACCGUUGUAUUUGCUUGCGACACGAUUAAAUUACUUA